UCCAACCGCGCCGUUCCGUUGCUUCACGUAUUUUGUCCUGGCCUCCUCCUAAGUGCUAUCUGUGUUUUCAAAAACAAAAAAAAAACAACUUUAAAAGUGUUCGUUAGAUUUUAUUUACUUUCAUCCCCUAUAUACGUUUUCUUUUCUAUUCCUUUUUUUUUUAUAAUUAUUAUUUUUUUCGUUUAAUCGUUCCCCUGCAUUGUCAUCAUCAUAGUUUUUCUCUACGCAAUUUUGGAAAAGGAAUGGAUAUUAAAAAAGUGACAAUUGCAUCAGCGUUUUUGUCAUCAACGUCGUCAUUUGAACAUCAUCGUCAUCGUCGUCGUGUUCGAUCUUCCAAAGGGUAGAAAGAUUUCGAGUAGCACCUUUUCUCGAGGACCUUUCGUGAUCGUUAGAACAACGUCCUGACGCGUAUCGUGUAUCCUUCAAUGGAGUGAAAGGGUGUGAGAGAGAGAGGGAGUUUGUGAUCGAAGAGAAGGAAGGAACGAGUGGAUAGAUAGAUAGAGUUCUCGUUACGAUUGAAACUCUGAGUAUCCGAAAGAGAAAAGGGGAGAAAGGGAAAGAGAGAGAGAGAGAGAAAGAAAGAGAGAAAGAAAGAGAGAAACAGGAGCUAAAGGAGGGUCAUCGUGCGUAUUUAGAGAGGUGUGUAGAAUCAUCGUGUACAGGUGCUGUGUGUGCCUCGAAUCAGUGCUCUUUGGUAACAUCAUGAUCACGCGGCGCGAGUGCGAUCGAGUACUCUCGAGUGCUACCGAGUGCGUUUCGAGUGCGAGAUACUUCGGGAUUAUCGUAGAACCACGCGAACGGGCACGCGUACGAUCGCCAUUGAAGUUGAUAGCAACAGCAAAAACAACAAGAAUGACGAUGACGACGAUAACAAUAGAAAAGACCACAUGUUUUCAGGAAUAGGACCUAUAUACACCGACAUAAUCAACGAACUCAUAGUGGCCGGACUUGUACUUCUAUAUAAAUACACGCAUCGUACAUUUAUAUAUACAUGUGCAUUUACAUAUAUGUAUAUGUAUAUAGACAGCUGGGGAGGAAAAACAAAACGUACUGGAGCGUUGGUAGAACGAUAGUCUGCCAAGCUUACCGCGAAUGGUGAACCUUUCGAUUGUAUAGUAACAUCGACUCAACGCGUUGUUGUGCUCUGCCAGGGGCAAAUUAAUCCGGCGUUACGUACACGUGGACAUCAACCAUCAACGAACAGCACCUACGUACGUUUAUACGCGUGAGUUCAGAUCGCAUUCGAGCUACACCGGUAAUUACCGUGCGGUCUGCACGACCGGUUGCUUCCGGUCGAUCGACGAGACAAGCCGAGCUACCCUAACGACGAAUUCAUCGUUCUUCAGGAUUACGAACAGUGUGCUCUUCGUGGCGAUACUUUUAUAUUGUUCUUCUUUAUUUUUUCUUCUUUUUUACAAGUUUCUUAUUUUAUGUCGUCGAUUAUAAAAAAAAAUUUUCAUAUUUUUGUGAACGAUAGUGAAAAGUGGAAGGACGCGAAGAUCUUACUCGUUUAAUCUUCGAGUUUGGAUCCCGCGAAUUCUCUUGAAAGAUAAUCGCUAACGCCGUGGAAAAAUUACGCGUAGUCGGAGCACGAAAUCUGAGUGCCAUGGAGUGCCGCAAGGGUCGACGGAAAGGUCUGCUCGGUGGGCUGCUCCUUGCAUGGCUAUUAACCAGCAGCGGUCGUACAGUCGUCGCGCGAAAUAUAGAGAGGUACGACACCGCGUACGCCUGCGAGGGCAAAACGCUAUGGAUCGAGUGCGGCGAAGGAAAGCUGAUCCACCUGAUAAGAGCCAACUAUGGGAGGUUCUCGAUAACGAUAUGCAACGAACACGGGAAUACAGACUGGAGUGUCAAUUGCAUGUCGCCAAAAACUUUUCGCGUUCUCAAUAACGAGUGUAACGACCAACAAAACUGCAGCAUCGUUGCAUCGACCUCACAAUUCGGUGAUCCUUGUCCUAACACGCACAAAUAUCUCGAGGCACAUUAUCGUUGUGUCUCUGCGACUACACCAACGACGACGUCUCGACCGAGUCCUCCGUGGUUCAUAACUUCGCAACCGAGCGUUUGGAGCACGGCUAAGCCAACCGUGAGACCUCCCUCGAGGAUUACGACACCGGCGGUUCAACAGCCACCGCAACCACCACCGGCACCAUCUACACCAGCUUUGCCAAUAACUACUCCUCCAAGUCCAACCUCGACGAAGUCCUUCGACGAGAUGGAUAUCAUCAGAGAGGACCAAGAUUCAAUUCCGCCAUCAAACGGUGUCGCAGCAAACGGUGCAGCGGUACCGCCUAUCGCACCUGAAACAAUGCAGCCCACAACUACAUCAACAUUUGCUCCAUGGAGAACUAGUCGUAAACCAGCUGUACCCAGUACUUAUUAUCCAGAGUCCAGCUCGAACGGACAAUGGUAUGAUUACGGACGACAAGCUUGUCCACCGGUAAUAGCACGAAAUCUUUCAUGGAACGCGACUCGUGCUGGAGAUGUUGCCGUCCAAAGUUGUCCAGGUGGUGCCAACGGCCUGGCUCGCUGGAGAUGUCUUGCCAAAGGUGAUUCCGCGAUUUGGCAUCGAGACACACCAGACUUGAGCGAGUGCCGUUCUGUUUGGUUGACGUCCUUGGAAAAUAGAGUGACUGAUGGUGAUGUAAUCUUGGGUAUCAGUCGAGAACUUUCACAAGUAACGAACAAUAGUCGUGGUCUUUACGGUGGUGACAUGAUGAUCACUACAAAGAUCAUAAAGAAUAUGGCUGAGAAGAUGGCACAAGGUAUUAGGACUUAUCAAGAUCCCAAUCAAAGCGAAGUUAGUGUUACGGAGCUUUUGCAAGGUGUUGUAAGAACAGGUAGCAAUCUUUUGAAUGAAGCACAGAUGGCUUCUUGGAAGGAUCUCAGUCAUCAGGAACAAAUGAGAGUAGCGACCUCGUUGUUGAUAGGUCUAGAAGAAAAUGCAUUUCUUUUGGCUGAUACUUUAACUCAAGAGAAGACGAUUACUCACGACUGUAGAAAUAUACUGAUGGAAGUUCGUGUAUUGGACACACGUAACAUCGGUAAUGAUCUCGAGAUCUUCCCAAAUAACCUUGCGGAAGGAAGAUGGACAGCAUCCACAGCUCAUGUCGAACUAACCAGAGGUGCACUUUUGGAAAACAGCGAAGCUGGGAUCGUUCGACUGGUCUUCAUGGCCUUCAAUAGACUCGAAGAAAUUCUUCAACCGCAAGCUGAAUUACCGUCCGUCGUAACAAAUGACGAUUCGCAAUCGUUACCAAAAAGAAACACGACUAGGUUAUUGAACAGUAAGAUUAUUUCUGCUUCGCUAGGAAAAGGUCGACAUAUACAACUGUCGGAACCAGUAAGGAUAUACUUCAGGCAUUUGACAUUGGAAAAUGUUACCAAUCCUACUUGCGUCUUUUGGGAUUAUAUUUUGAGUGGUUGGUCAGAAGAAGGAUGCCAAAUAAAGAAAAGCAAUGAUACGCACACAGUAUGCGAGUGCAAUCACUUAACAAAUUUUGCUGUUCUCAUGGACGUUCAUGCAAUUAGACUGGACAUCGCUCAUCAAGUCGCUUUACAAAUCAUCACGUACAUAGGCUGCAUCAUAUCUAUCGUCUGUCUAGUGUUAGCGAUACUUACUUUUCAAUUGUUUCGUGGGCUUAAGUCCGAUAGAACAACAAUACACAAGAAUCUGUGCACCUGCCUGUUAAUAGCCGAAGUUUUGUUUAUUUGCGGAAUCGGACAAACGAAUCAGAGGAUCGUCUGUGGUAUCGUUGCUGGUUUAUUACACUUUUUUUUCCUGUGUGCAUUCGCCUGGAUGUUCCUCGAAGGAUUUCAAUUGUACGUUAUGCUGAUCGAAGUUUUCGAAGCGGAAAAGUCUAGACUCCGAUGGUAUUAUCUUGUUGCUUACGGGGCACCGUUGCUGGUAGUUGCGAUAUCCUGUAUAAUCGAUCCAUUCAGUUACGGUACCGAUCGAUACUGUUGGCUUCGAGCGGACAACUACUUCAUCUUCAGCUUUGUGGGACCCGUAAUACUCGUAAUCUUGGCAAAUCUCGUAUUCCUGUCGAUGGCGAUAUACAUGAUGUGCCGACACGCAAAUACGACGGUAGCCAUGAAGAGUAAAGAACAUUCACGUCUAGCUAGCGCAAGUGGAAAGGAAGAGAAUGCUCUUCCCAACAAAUUACAAGCGCACUUAGCUUGGUUGCGCGGCGCCAUCGUCCUAGUAUUUCUACUAGGAUUAACUUGGACUUUUGGACUACUCUACUUGAAUCAAGAAUCAGUGGUAAUGGCGUACAUCUUUACUGUACUUAACAGUCUUCAAGGCCUGUUCAUCUUCGUGUUCCACUGCGUUCAAAAUGAAAAGGUAAGAAAGGAGUACAGAAAGUUCAUCCGACGACACUCUUGGUUACCAAAAUGCUUGAGAUGUUCGAAGACAGUAACGGGAAGUUCCGGGUCUUCCGGUACGAGCGGUGGUGGAGUUGGACCUGGUGGAAACGGUGGAAAAGAAUUUGCCUCGCACAACACAUCCUCGAAUCCUUCGGCACCAACAACGGACAGCUCAGGACUAUCGCCUCAUGCCGCCUCUAACUACUUGGUAUCCGGUCGAAGCUGGGCGAUAGUUGAUAGGCAGCCGGCAGUCACUGUGCCAAGUGAAUCCUCUGGCACAGAGGCUCACAUCGUGGCAACCCUGCCGUACGCCCGUCACGCAUUCUUACCCUCAGCUCCUAAUAUCCCCAAAUCUGCCACCGCCACUUGGGGCCACCUUAACAAAAACCUCAUGUGGAAGAACAUUUCUUUUAAAUCGUACUCCCGAGACUCUGGACACGGUGGAUCCGAACAAGAAGACUCACCGAGGACGCAUAAUACUUUAACUCUAGGCCAUUCGGGUCGCAAUCGAGAUCGAGAACGAAACCGUAUCGUCGGCUCGAGCGAUGGCAGCGAGAUGAUGGGUGGCAGCGGAAGGACAGCUACGACAACGGCUACGACUUCAGUGGGAACUGGGCGACGAACUGCCAUGCCAUACAAUCAUACUUAUACGGAAAUCGUUGAUGGUAGAAACGGUGGAAGUAGUAUGCAUCACCAGAUGCAUGCUCAUCACGGUCAACAUGUACACCUACCAACGCAUCGUGGAGUUGGCAGCGUUGGUGGGAUAACGAACGAGGAUGAUCCUGUUUACGAAGAAAUCGAAAGAGGCGGCGCAGGUGGAGCUGCCGGUGAGAUACAAGUGUCAGACAUGUCUGAUGAGGAUGGUCGAAGACAAAGCGACAUGAGCAGACAAUCUUCAAGAAGCUACGGUGAUCAUAGGCCGCUUAUUCCAUAUUCACCUGCUAAUGAUCGCAACCUGCUCCAUUAUGGACAAACGAUGAGCAGCGAUCGUGUUAGUAACACUCAUUACGAUCCAACGGAAUACGGUCCAACCGUUGAAAGAACCUUAAAUGCCUGCUGGGAGAAACUACGAAGGCAGCAAGCAAGGUACGAGCUUGGUGAACUGCCACGACUUCCUGCAGGCUAUGGUCUGCCACCUCAACAGGAUCACACGAGAACCGUCGCCGUUCUCGACGGCCACACCGUCGUCUGUCAUCUUCAACCCCAAACGGACAUGUAUACGGGACGCGGAAUGCCACCGCCAUCCUACAGCGAGUGUUAGGUCAAAGUUGGAUCGUCUCGUCCUCCGCCUCGUCCAUUAUCCCCACAUUUUGGGAUAGGACUCUGCUCCUUUCGUAGGACUUGUCCUUCGACUUCGAUCUCUCUCUAAUUCCACUGUAGCGUCAGUAUAAACGUCUCUCUCUCUCUCWCACACUCUCUUUUUCUCUCUAUCUCUAUCUUAUUCUUUCAUUUUCAAUUUCACUCUGACUCUCUCCCAGAUUUGUCAGAAAAGGGAUAUUAUCUCUUGUUAAAAGGGAUUUUUCUUACCUCCGAAUUAGGACAGUUUAAAUGGAAAGAGAGAGAGAGUCGAACAAAAAGUUAAAUUUCGGAGAAAAGUCAUGUAAACGAGAAGAUGGGGUGACGAUGACGGUCCUUCCAAGAAAAAACACGAAAUGCUAGAAAACGACAUUACUUCGCUUUUUUUAGCAUGUUUUUUAAGCACACAUGAGUCGAUUGGCGGAUACUUACGCGAUGUUCGCGAUGUAUAAAACUUCAAUAAACGAUCGACACUCUGCGCCGAAAGAUUCCUUCCUUGCUCUUCGCGUAUUAAUCACGAUGUGUGUGUGAUCCUUGCGAAUAAAAUAUAAAUGAAAAAAAAAAA